CCCGCCGGCCCGCGCGGGGCCCGCUGUUGCCUAGGCGACCCGGAGGAAGGGCGGGCGCGCGCGGGCGGGCGGGCUCGCGCGCAGGUUUCGCCCCCGCCCCUCUCCUCGCCGCUGCCGGCUCCGCGCGAGGCGCGCGGCGGCCCGUCGGCGGAGCGGGGGCUUUGCGGGCGCCGGCGCCGCGGGCAGCAGGUCUCUCUCCACUUUACUCGUCUCACCUUUGUGAGUACCUUAUGUCAUGGUAACGAUCCUUUCGGCUAAGGCGAGUUGGACUCUGCUCCCUGUGGAGCCAUCAGAGCUAUCAGAAGAGCUUGCUGCCUGGCUGCGAGUUUCUCCUUCAGUCCUGGUGGCACGUUAUCUGGAAAAUCUGAGAAUGCAUUGACUAUGUUUUACCUUAUUAUAAGGUUAGAAGACGUGAUAUAAAGACUUGGAAAUGGCUUCACAAAACAUCCCACCUAGAAUGUUUGACAACAUGAGUUAAUUCUUGGAAGAGACUUUCUAAAGUCAACAAAGGGAGUCAGGACACAGUUCAAAUUGGAAAAUGGAGAACAAACCCCCAAACUUUGUUGACAAAGAGACCUAAUCUUGGAAGGCUAGAACUUCUGUGCAGAACAGCUUUAAUUAGUCAAAUACUGGAACCGCUGCUGAUUCAGUUGCAUCCUUCAGCAUGACCAAUCCUCAGCCUACAAUAGAAGGUGGUGUUUCAGAAGUUGAGAUAAUUUCGCAACAAGUGGAAGAAGAGACCAAAAGCAUUGCUCCUGUACAGCUUGUUAAUUUUGCUUAUCGAGAUCUACCUUUAGCUGCACUUGAUCUGUCUGUGGCUGGGUCCCAGCUUUUGUCAAAUUUGGAUGAGGAGUACCAAAGAGAAGGAUCUAACUGGCUAAAACCGUGCUGUGGGAGACGAGCAGCUGUGUGGCAGGUAUUUUUGCUCAGUGCAAGUCUCAACAGUUUCCUGGUAGCCUGUGUAGUAUUGGUGGUGAUUCUUCUGACUCUGGAACUCCUAAUAGAUAUAAAGCUUCUCCAGUUUUCAAGUGCAUCACAGUUUGCAGGAAUAAUUCACUGGAUCAGCCUAGUCAUCCUGUCUGUUUUCUUUUCGGAGACUAUUUUGAGGAUUGUGGUCCUUGGCAUAUGGGAUUACAUUGAAAACAAAAUAGAGGUGUUUGAUGGUGCUGUCAUAAUCUUGUCCUUGGCACCAAUGGUGGCCUCAACAGUGGCUAAUGGCCCCAGCAGCCCAUGGGAUGCUAUCAGCCUUAUUAUCACACUACGAAUAUGGAGGGUGAAGAGGAUCGUUGAUGCCUAUGUCCUUCCAGUGAAAGUGGAGAUGGAGAUGAUGAUUCAGCAAUAUGAGAAGGCAAAGGUUAUUCAAGAUGAGCAGCUGGAAAGACUAACCCAGAUCUGCCAAGAACAAGGGUUUGAAAUCAGGCAGCUGAGGGCCCACCUUGCACAGCAAGAUUUGGACCUGGCUGCAGAGAGAGAGGCUGCGCUGCAGGUCCCACAUGUGCUGAACAAACAGAGCAGCAAGAGAUACAAGGUGGUAGCGAUUGAAGAUUCGGAUGAUGAAGCCACUGAGAACAUCACUGAGUUGCGACCUCCACGAGAGGAUGACAUGAAUAAUUACAUCAGUCGAUACUACAAUGAGCCUAGCAGUGACAGUGGCAUCCCCGAAGCAGCCAUCUGCAUGGUCACCACCGCCGCCAUCGACGUCCAUCGCCCCAACAUCUCUUCCGACCUCUUCACAGUGGAGGUGCCGAUGCGCCUGGGCAGCACGGGGACGUCGGCCAGCAUCACCUCGGGCAGCGCCUCGCGGUCGACCGUCAGCUCGGGCACCCAGGCCUGCAGCGAGAUCAGCCAGACGCUGGGCUCCUCCCCGGACUGCAGCGAGGACGCUGCCAAGGCCGGUGCCAGCCCACAGGCCGACCUGGUGCCCGCGCAGCAGCGGGUAGCCCAGGCCAUGGUGCAGGAGCUGCUGUCGUCCCUGUCGGAAGAGGCCUGCCUGGCCCAGAAGGGGCUGGAUCCCGUCAACCUGAAGCUGCCCAGCCCGGCCUGCUCGGCGGGGGCCAGCCCUGACCUGGGCCACCGGCUCAGCGUCUACAACCGCAAGAACCAGGAGAGCCUUGACGUCUUCCAGCUCAAGCCGCUCAUCACCUGCCCGCAGGGCGCCCCGGCCAUCGAUGAGAAGUACGGGGCGCUGGGGCCCCCAGAGCCACGGCUGGGCAGGGUUCCGGAGGCGUAGGGACGCUCUGGGCAUGCGCUCAUCAUCACUGUGCUGGGGCACGAGGCUGCCACAGGCACGGCGACAGCACUGCAGGAAAGGCGUGAGAGCCGCGGCCUCCCCCGCAGCAGCCGCCAGCCCAGGGUGAAGCCAGCGUCGCCUCUGGGCCAGCCGGGCCCUACGGCGUCUUCUGCAGCACGAGGGCCCUUCCAGCAGUCUUAGGCCAACAUCGACCCACAGUGCCUGGGGGGACAGACGAGGGACCUGCCCUGCCCCCAGCCGGGCGGUGCUCCCGGGCACCGUGGGCCUUCCAGCAGUGCAGGGCCCAGCCCCCCCACGGCGCCCGGGGGCAGGACGGAGCUGCGGGACAGCCUGGCCCCCCGGCCUGACCCCACGCAGCGGCUGAGUGGGGCUGGGAAUAAACACUGACAAACGUA